CACCACCCCCGAGCGACACGCGUUCGCCCGCAGAGCAGUUUGGCAUUUGCGAGACAGGGGCGCCUCUGUGUGCAACGGGAAUAGCACGGUCACGCGCGCAAUGAGGCCUCUGUCAAAAUUAAUUCUUCCAGAUCGUCCCCCUCCUGCCCAUCCUCGUCGUCCUCUUCCCUCUUCGUCGUCGUCGUCAUCCUCCUCCGCAUAACCCUCCCUCCUCCUCUCCCUCCUCCUCUCCCUCCUCGUCAUCUCGCGACCCAUCGGUCGAUCGGGGAGGCGGCGAGCACCGGAUCUGCAACAAUGCGGCGAGGAGUCUCGCCUCGGCGGCUUUGAGCGGAGGCAAUACCGCGCGGACGGACGGCGGCGGCACUGCGAGUGGAGAGGAACGAGUGGGAGACGAGCGAACGAGCGGCUGAGCGAGCGAGCGGCCGAGCGAGCGAGCGAGCCGAGCCGAGCGUGCUCAUUCCAUUGCACGAACGGGCGGACGCACGAGAAGGGCGCUCGGAAAUUCUCCAUCCUCGUCCGCGUGGCCGUGACAGGCGAAGCUCGCGGUCGACUCGCAUAGACACAGACGCGCGGCUUCCGUGGCGAGCUGCGGAGGAAUCCGUGUUCACGUUCCCGUUGCCUCCCCCGCCCUCCCUCCGUGGUUGAAAUGAGCAGGAGACGAGGACUAUCGUUACUGCUGCUGCUGAUGCUGUUGAUGAUGACCGUGAGUGCGCACGCGAUAAGCGUGGCGCUCACCAACCUAAAGCGGGACUCUCAGUUACUCGUAAUCAAGAACAAGACGCCAGGCUCCGUGUCCAAGGAGGCGUUCGCCCUCGAAUCCCUCCACAACAAACUCCGCGCCACAGUUCAACCCUCGGCAGCGAACAUGGAAAAGAUGGAGUGGGACGACUCCUUGGCUCAAGUCGCCCACGAGUGGGCGGCAGUCGCUUGCGAGAAUCCCCGAGCGGCAGAGGGGACCUCGGCAGAGAUCCCCGAGAAACCGGGGAUUCAGGGGACCGGAGCAGGUGGAAGAGGAGGCGGCCAGCGCCGCCUCGGGGUGAACCUGCACCGCGCGCCGCACGGGGCGACCUCGUUCGCCAGCGUCCUCGCCUCGUGGUUCUCCGAGGGGCAGAACUACGACUACGCGCGGCCAGGGUGCGCGCACAACCGCACGUGCCGCCACUACACGCAGAUGGUGUGGGCCUCGGCGAGUCGUGUGGGCUGCGCCAAGCGCUGGUGCCGGGACCCAGGGAGCCGCGUGGAGGCGUUCGCGUGCGUUUACCUGCCCGGAGGAAACUGGCUUCUGGAUGGCAAGACGAUCGCUCCCUACAAGGCGGGAGACUGGUGCUCGCUCUGCACCUCCGUCAAGUCCGGCUGCUUCAAGCACCAGGGCGCAGGUGGCCUGUGCGAGGUGCCGCAGAACCGCUGCCGGAUGAACUGCGGGCGCCACGGCCACCUGGACUCGGCGAGCUGCAGGUGCAGCUGUGCGUCCGGUUUCUCUGGGAAGUACUGCCAGGUGAAGUGCGCCUACCCCUGCGUGCAUGGACGGUACAGGGAGGAGGAGUGCUCGUGCGUCUGUAACCUGGGCUACGGAGGGCUCACCUGUGCAGAGCGAGCGGAGUUCCCGUACCACAGCUGCUCGCUGCGUGUGGAGGACGAGUGCCUCUCCGUGUCGGUCGACAGGGAGACGUUCUACACGGCGCGCAACCAGUGCCAGGGCCGAGGGGGGACCCUCGCGCAGAUCGAGAGCCAGCGGGAGCAGGACCUCCUCUCCUUCUACCUGCUCAGGGCCACCGACAGCAACGACGUCACGGGCCUGGAGCCCGAGUCCAACAGCUUCUGGAUAGGUCUCACCUACAAGGUGUCUAAAGGCGUCUUCCGCUGGGACGAUGGGAGAGCCGUCAACUUCAGCAGCUUCGCCUUGGGACAGCCGGACAGCCACGGGUUCGGCAACUGCGUGGUGAUGCACGCAGAGUCUGGCUUCAAUUGGAACGACCGCCCUUGCCGCUCCCGGAACAGAUUCAUCUGCCAGUUCGGAAAGAAACACAGGAUACACUGGAGCUACAAACCCUAAGCUCGGACGGAGAAGUCGGCGCAACCGUCUGGGUCAUCCGCUGGGCGCAAGCCGCGUCUUGCACACACGCACAAGACCAAACAACAACAAAACCCGUUUAGCCUCGACAGACUUUUGAGUCAAGUGCCGUUAGCGAGCACCUAUGAAGGCCGGCACUGCACACAUGGUGGGAGGGGAGGGGGGCGCACACGCACACACGCGCGCACACGCACACACACACACGCGCGCACACGUGCGCACGAUCUCUCUCGGUAGGGCAGAGGUGGGCACCCGACGCACCCCCCGCGCGGCUCUCCGUGCGCGUUGCGGGCGGUAGCGCGCCGCGCGCGUUGCUUCCGGCCCGACGUCCAACGUUCCGCUCUCCCGCCGAGGACGUGGAGCGAAUCGUCGGACGCCGUGCCGAGCGGCGCUUCGGGAUGCGCCAGAGACGAAGAGCUGCGCGGCGCGGUCGUGAAACCCCAAAAGCCGUGGCCCGAUCCUACGCAGCCUGGAAAUCCAAAUACACCGCUCCCCCCCACCUCCCAUACACGCACGAGGGACCAGCCUCAAAUCCUACAUCAAAGCUUUCGUAUGUUCCUCUACUCUGACGCGUUAAUCCGGGAGAGUCACGCCGCCUUGUAGGACUCGUUUUCAGGAGGGCCCUGCUAUUUGUAAGAUGCCUUCAGCCCAUUAAAUUACGAGUUGUGUUCAUUGCUAUUAUUAAACAAGAGGAAGGAAACCGGGACACCCGGAGGAAAUCCACGCCUUGCGCGAGAGGGCUGCACUCCAUUCCCCGUACAGAUGGAAACAUAUUCUGGAAACAGUCCACCUGCUGUACCGCCUUCUGCUGGCGAGUCACUGGUACACGGCACCUCCUCGGCGCCCACGGGAAGGGAGUUGGAUUAGAGGCAGCGGCCACGUGCGUAGCCGCCGCCUGAUCGCACCACGCCCAACCGUGAAUACGAAGGGCGCUUUGGCGGAUUGACCUGGAAAAGUUUUUUUUAUAGUCUGGCUUCGCCGUUCAUCGCUCACGCUGAAGGAAUUCACGACGCUGCCAAUCGGAAAGCAAAGCCUCGAGUUUGGCGCAUUCUCUCUUUUUAUUUAUUUAUUCGGUGUGUGUGUGGUUUUUUACUUCCAACUCACACAAAAUCCAUUGCAUUCACCGUCCGUGUUUCUGUCACUCGGGGAAGGGGUAGUGGGGGGGAACGACGAAUCGACGGCUGCGUUUCAUGGAUAACACUCGGCGAAAUUUAUUUUCUCGUGAAAAACUCAACGCGUCCGUCCACAACAACAACAACAACGUGGCACUAAAUACAAUAUAUAUAUUAUAAGGUGGCGUUUCAGCGCAAUGGCCCUCAUUUCUCAUCGUGGGACAUGGCUAGAGAUGCCAGUGAGAUGGAGUGGAUCAAAUUUGGAGCAGUACGACCAUAACGUGAAACGCCACCCGUAAUAUAUUUUUAAACUCAUAUAAUAUUUUCUCCAAUUUGCGCCCAUUUUCUUGUGGGCCCUCAUGAUCUGAGAACCCAAGGGACCAGCGUGGUCUCGUGUGCAGAGAGUGACCUGAUUGCAGUGGCCUUUGUUCAUUGAUGUGCAGUAGAAGAAGGAAAGGUUACCCAAUACGUCGCCUAAUAUACAAAAAAACGAUUUGAAAGCCACAGUUUUGACAGACGUGGUGAGUUUUUUUUGUAAUUAUUAUUUGAGCUUGUGCGCCAAAGCCAACACAACAGCAGCAACACCAAAUAAUUGGUUUUCAUUUCUCAUGGAUUGUUUUUUUUAUCUGUCUAAAGUGCCCUCAAGCCCCAACACCCAACCCGCUGUGGGAUGGGGGAAAUAUUUUCAAGAGUUCAGCCCCAUACAG